AUGCUUGAUGAAUAUAGUGCUUUGAUUACAACGGGGACAUGGGAUCUAGUACCUAGGCCUAUGGGGGUGAAUGUUGUUAAUUGCAUGUGGCUUUUUCGACAUAAGGAAAAAUCUGAUGGUGCUCUCGAAAUGCACAAAGCUCUUCUUGUUUGUGAUGGCAGGUCACAGGAGGUUGGAGUCGAUUGUGAUGAGACUUUUAGUCCCGUGGAAACCGUAUACAUGCAUCAGCCACCAGGGUUUGUUGAUCGCCAGAUUCCGCAGUAUGUGUGUCGCCUCAAAAAGGCUCUCUAUGGUCUCAAACAGGCACCCAAGGAGUGUCUCCGGGAACACAUUAUCACUCAGCUACAAACUGAGUUUCCCAUGACUGACUUGGGGCCCCUCAGCUACUUCCUGGGCAUUGUUGUCACUCGUACUCCCUCAUAUUUACUUCUCUCUCAGCAGAAGUAUGCACAGGAGAUUUUAGAUAGCGCAUGUAUGAGCAAUUGUAAGCCUGUCGUCACUCCUGUCGACACCAACUCAAAACUUAGUGCAGACUCUGGUCCUCCAGUACAUGAUCCUACUCAUUACCGCAGCUUGGUUGGUGCUCUUCAGUACCUCACCUUCACUCGCCCUGAUAUUGCCUAUGCGGUUCAGCAAGUUUGUCUUUUUAUGCAUGAUCCGAGGGAAUCACACUUUAAUGCAUUAAAACGCAUCCUACGCUACAUUCAGGGCACCAUUGAUCAUGGGUUACAUCUAUAUCCGUCUGCUUCUACACGAUUAAUUACAUACACUGAUGCUGAUUGGGGUGGGUGUCUCGAUACUAGGUGUUCGACAUCUGGUUAUUGUUGUUUUCUUGGGGAUAACCUUAUUUCCAGGUCGUCGAAACGUCAACACACCCUCUCCCGUUCCAGUGCCGAAGCAAAAUACCGAGGCGUCGCCAAUAUCGUUGCUGAAGCUUGCUGGCUCCGAAAUCUUCUAUUAGAGCUACAUUGUCCACUUAAGUAA